AUAUCUAUAGCCUUGUAAAAUGAAUAUAUGAAACGAGGAAUUAUGGCUACUGAAAGUAAAAGUGAUACUGCGGUGGCAAGUGGAACAGCAGGAGUUGAUGUGACACACCUUAACUCACUGCUGAAGUUUGUGGAGACAGAAACUAAUUUUACAGAUGACAGGAAAUAUGCCAGUCGUGAUCCCAAUGCACGUAACUAUGUGGUGGAUAUUACCCGCGCCAAGUCAGCCUACAACAGGCUGGAGACAACGACCAGAUUUGAGGAGCUGAAACUGACUCUCCCAGCAGACACCUUUGGGUCAUUUGGUCCUGCCAGCCGGCUCAAGACACUGGAGGGAGGCACCCCUAUCUCUAUGGAAGUAGCCUUGGCACUGCGAAAACUCGUCACAGGUACUACAGUCCACAAACUGACACAAGACUGGAUGAAACUUGGCUUCAUGUUUCAGAAUGAGAACGGACCAUUUGCAUAUGGAAUCUAUACACAGAAGAAUGGCUCCAAAGGAUUUAUACUCUGUGUACAGGCAUUCAUUUUGAAGCAUCUACUCUUUCGACAUUCUAGAGACCUUGACGCACCUUUUGACUUGAGUCUGUUACAACCCACAAGUUGGAAGCGCCGAGAUGCGUUAAUAGAUGCGUUAACGGAGAUUCUGUGGCAGGCCGGGGGGAAGACCAGGUGCUGCGUCGCGCUGAUACAGGAAACUCGCUGCUUUGAUCUUCCUAUUGGGUACAGACAAGACUGCCUGUCAGAAUACCUCCACUUAUUUUACUUUACAAAGUUCCAAGAAUUACGCACAUGUAUCAAGACAUAUAUAAGUUAUUUUGAGUAUGAGAGCAGCCAUGGUGCACUCCUCUUCCUCUACAGCCUCGUGCUAUCGCGCAGUAUAGACCAGGUCCUAAAUGACAUGGGAGAGGUGAAGUAUAAACAGCUGAUUACAGACCAAGAGGACACCAGUAUACCCCUGGUCAACUUAGUCCUGACUGGCCGCGCCGUCCCCUUCCAACACAAUGGAGACCAGAUAUAUGAUGAUGAUGGGAAAGUAUUGGCAAUUCCAGAGAGAGGAAUCCAAGAACGCAGUGAGAUAGGGUUUAUGUACUGGCACAGAGAGGAGAAAGAGCAACAUAUCAGAGCCAUGGUAGGCAGUAUGUAUAAGACUCCACGCCAUCCUAUAUGGAUAACACUAGUAAAUGGACUGUAUGGACUGUUAUUUAGUGUUAACCAGCACCUGGUCAGCGAUUGGAGAGUAGAACACAAGUUUGACCUCUAUUAUUACACUGGUCAAGCCACACAGACACGACCAACCAGGCUAAGUGUUGAAACUCGACUGGGUAGAAGCAGUCACGCCAGAACUGCCCUGCAGAAGAGUGAGGAAGAGAAGAAGAUCCCUCCUCUGGAGAGAUGUAUCAUGACCAAGUGGUUUGGUGCUCAUAUUGACUGGAAUGGUACUAUGCCGUAUGUCACAUAACCAAUGCCUAAUACACGAGAGAACUGAUAUAGGGAAUAUUAUGGAACUCCUUCCUUAGCUUUAAGGUGCAUUUACAUUGAAGAUAGGCUGAUCCUUUUUGGACGUACCUUGCUUUAAGGUGCAUUUACAUUGAAGAUGGGCUGAUCCUUCUUGGACAUACUUUGUUCUACAGGCUCUGUGGUUAAGCUAAACAUUACACAUGUAGUGUAUGUAUAUAUUCUGUUUGGUUUACAAAGUAAGUCACCAGUCCAGUUCAUGAUAUCGAUUAUGGGAAGUGCUGCUUCCAUGAACAUCCAUUUACUAUAACUGCCACAAUUUGUUACCAUUGAAAAGCUGACACUUUCUGGCUCUCUCUCUCUUCUC